AGCACGCUGUCAUGUCACGUGUUGAGGAUCGGACAAGCCUGGACGAUUUAAUGUAAUAAAGUAGCGACGACAUGGAGAGAAACGCAGCGCAGCGCGUCUUCCUGCGGGCUGAGUGUGAGCGCGCGGAUUAGUUACUGGGUGAAAGUGGUGGAAGCUGCGCUUCUGCGUGUCUACAGACCGUGUUUCUCCUCUGCCGGGUUUCGUAAUCAUGAAGUUGUUUGAGCUCCUGCUGAAAGAUGUCACACCCAAAAUAGAGUUCUAUUCCAGGUUCUCGCCCUCGCCGAUGUCCAUCAAGCAGUUUUUGGAUUUCGGUAGAGAGAAUGCCUGUGAGAAGACCUCCUAUAUGUUCCUGAGGAAAGAACUUCCAGUUCGAUUGGCCAAUACCAUGAGAGAAGUCACUCUGUUGCCUGGCAACCUGCUAAAUCAACCAUCUGUCCAAUUGGUUCAGAGCUGGUACAGUCAGAGCUUUGUGGAGCUGCUAGAUUACGAAAACCGGAGUCCAGACGAUCCUCGCACCCUCAACGAUUUCCUAGACAUUCUUAUCCAGAUUCGGAACCGGCACAAUGAUGUGGUUCCCACCAUGGCCCAGGGUGUGAUCGAAUACAAGGAGAAGUUUGGCUUUGACCCGUUUAUCAGCAGCAACGUGCAGUACUUCCUGGAUCGCUUCUACACCAGCCGCAUCUCUUUCCGCAUGCUCAUCAACCAGCACACUCUGCUUUUCGGCGAUGACACCAACCCUGCACAUCCUAAACACAUUGGGGGCAUUGACCCAAACUGCAACGUGGUUGAGGUGGUGAGAGAUGCAUAUGAGACAGCAAAGAUGCUUUGUGAAAAGUAUUACAUGAUGGCACCUGAGCUACACAUCAAAGAAUUCAACACCAAGAAACCAAACAGACCCGUCCAGGUGGUCUAUGUGCCGUCUCAUUUGUUCCACAUGCUCUUUGAGCUUUUUAAGAACUCCAUGCGAGCAACAGUGGAGCUUCAUGAGAACAGUGAGAAAGGGCUCCCCCCUGUGAAGGCUCUUGUCACUCUAGGAAAAGAAGAUCUGUCCAUAAAGAUUAGUGACCAGGGAGGUGGUGUCCCCUUGAGAAAGAUCGACCGUCUGUUUAACUACAUGUACUCCACAGCUCCAACGCCAAGACUCAACUCCUCCGAGGCUGCUGCACCCCUGGCUGGUUUUGGUUAUGGAUUACCGAUCUCCAGACUGUAUGCACGGUACUUCCAGGGUGAUAUGAACCUCUACUCAUUGGAAGGUGUAGGAACUCAUGCUGUCAUCUAUCUAAAGGCACUAUCCAGCGAGUCUUUUGAGCGUCUUCCCGUCUUUAACAAGUCGGCGUGGAGACAUUACCAGUUAGGGCCAGAGGCUGAUGACUGGAGCAACCCCAGCAGUGAUCCACGGGAUGCGUCCACAUUCAAGGUCAACUCAUGACCUAAAUGUUCGGUCCUGACUAGUUCCUUCACUGGUGUUGGAAGCUACAGAUCUGCAGUAGGACUGGAAGUGAAGAGCUUUUCUUUUCAGACAUUUGGUUUGAAUUUAAUAGGUCAUUUUAUAGGUCACCAAGUAUUGCAUUUUGUUUCAUUUGGUGAGAUAAAUGAACAGUGAGCAUCUUAGUGCAAGGUCAGAUAAUGUCAGUGGCUAUGACAUACUGUUACAUCAUGACUUUUAUAGGAACUAUAGUCACUUGCGGCUGUUAUGUGUCAUACAUUUCAUAUAAACAGUGAAAGGAAAUACACUGUGAUGCCAAAGGCUAAAAGUUAGGUUUGUGGAUUACAUCACUACAGAGUCUAAUGCUAAACAGGUGGUCUUAUAACCGGGUGUGUUUAAUGGUUCACAGUAGAAUUGCUGUACUGACUGGCCUAAAGAAAAAUAUGUAAAAAAAUAUUUUUGCACUUUUGUUUAGUAGCUGAAAGCUUAGCUACAGACGUUCAGUUAUGCUGCAGUACACAGUAUGUACUGUAUGGAAGCCUGUUUCUGUCUUUAACACACCACUCUUCUGACUGCUUGCUCCUGGUCAGGGUUAUACUGGAUGAUGAGACACAGUGGAUGAUAGAAUUAUUAAUCAAAUACAUUUAUUAAGUUAUAAUAAUGAAAACAUUUUCAAUAAUAGUUUUCUUUUUAAAUCAAUUAAAUAGGAUUUAGAAUUCUAAUUAUGAUUCAUGAAUCAUGUCAUACAGCUCACAAUUCAAACUAAAAACUACAUGAAUAUAAGUAUCUUAACAAUUACUUACUGCAUGUAAUAAUAAUAACUUUGUAUCUCACAAUCAUGACUGACAAAAUGAUGACAGUGAUAAAAAUGACAUAACAUGUCAUAAUGAUGACUUACUAUCUCAUAACUGUAACUUGCUAUGUUAAAAUUCAUUAGUAUUGCAUUAUAGUGACUUUACAUGUCAUAAUGAUAACUUGCUAUGUCAUAAUGGUGAAUUACGUUGUCAUUAUUAAGACAUGACAUGUUAAAGAAAAUUACAUAUGUCAUAAUAACUUAACAUCAUAAGGAUGACUUACUGUCUCGUCAUAAUAGCCUGCUAUGUUAAAAUUGCACUUCAAUUUUACACAUCAGGUUAUCAUUUUAAGCCUUAAUAAGCCUUUAAUUAAUCUUAGCAUUAUAUACUACCAUGUCAUAAUGACUUGUUAUGUCAUAAUGAAAAAGUCUCAUAUAGACUUACAUUGGCUACAAAAUGUAACCUUAUGUGUCAUUAUAUUACACCAUAAAGACAACUUACUAUCUCAUAAUACUAAUUUCCUAUUAAUUAAGUAUUAAAAUCCUAAAAAAUGUGUGGUAGAAGAGGCGGAAACAGGCUUUCAUGGGAACUGAAUUUGGCAUUUAUGUUGUUUUUUAUUAUCUUAUCUUCAUUUACUUUUGUAAGAAUUCUGUGCAAAUGUUGUAAUUUCAGUGCAUCACCAGGGAAUUAUAGUGUAAUGGUUGCUUAUGUUUAUGUAUGAUGUAAUGAGAUUGAGGAACUGAAGUGAACUGAAUUCACAUAUAGAUCCUUAGUGUAUACAGAGUUAAGCUGUUAGCACAGUCAGGUUAUUUAAACUGACAGUCUAGCAGCGUAGCGUUGUUAUGAAAAAGUAUGAUAUGUUUAAGCUGAACUGUAAGCUUUGCUUCAUCACAUUAACUGUUGUGCCUCAUUAAACGAUUCUUUAAAGGUCGUACAGGUAUUAGUGGAACACAGGGAUACAAGUAAUGUUGAGGAAAUAUAACUUUAUUUUUCUAGGAAUGUGUAGUUCAACACAUGGGAAUAUUUAUUGCUGUAAAGCAGUGCUACCGAACCCUUCUGUUCGUUUACCUGCUCCAACACUGCCAUUUACACAUCUGUUAUAGGAUCCUUAUUUAGCUGAUGAGUUUAGUCGGGUGUGUGAGUGUAAGGCUACGUUCACAUUACAAGCCACAUUGCUCAAAUCCGAUUUUUUUUUUCGGUUCACAUUCACAAAUGUAAGUGACCUGUAUCUGUGUGUAAUGUGAACGAAUCUGUCCCUGAAACACCUCACAUGCA